AUGGCCAUCCCAUCCUUCCAAAAGCGUAUCCUCUUACGUCCGCGUUGCGAAUCCGACGCCGAAGCUCUAUACCCAACAAUGUCACACCCAGAUUCAAUGCGUUUCUGGUCUCGCGCGCCCUUCACCUCCAUCCCCGAACUGCGCAAUUAUUUCACUCCGGAAGAAGCCUCAGGCUGGAAGACCUGGGCGAUAGUCAAAGCCAACUCUCCCUCAGAUACAGCAAUUGGCUUCGUAGCCGCAGGCAUAAGACGCAAAGGCGUGACUGAGAUAGGCUAUCUGAUUGCUCGUGAGCAACUAAGUCAAGGCUAUGGAAGAGAGGCCGUGGCAAUGUUGCUCGAUGACUUGUUUGCCCAAGGACAACGACGCAUAGUCGCUGAUGUGGAUCCCGAGAACCGAGCUUCUGUAGCUUUGCUUACAGCGCUUGGGUUCAAGUUAGAGGGACAUUUGCGUGCUGAAUGGGAAACACACAUCGGGAUCCGCGAUUCUUUGAUUUAUGGAUUGUUGGUUGAGGAUUGGAAAACUUCAGCUGCGGAGGUAGAAAAGAGAUGA